AUGAAAUAUGGGUGCAAGCAUUACAAAAGAAGGCGCAAGAUUCGUGCUCCUUAUUGCAAUGAAGUUUACUCAGGAUGUCAUUGUCAGAGCGAGGCAACGAGUGAUCGUCAUGAUGUUGCUUGUCAGGAUGUUGAAUUAGUUGUUUGUUCAGUUUGUGACACAGAGCGGCCAGUUACUCAAGUUGGAGACCUUAUAGCUGCAGCAAGUGCUCCUUUUCACUGGGCUUUUGCAAGAGCUCUAGAAUUAGAUUUUGGACCACCUGCUUAUGACUGCUCUCGUGCUACCUUUUUUAGAUUGAAUCAAUCUGCAACUGUUAAUGAGUAUUAUAUGCAGUUCACUACCAUAAUGAAUAAGGUAGAUGGAUUAAGUGCAUAA